AUGAUUGGUUCACCAUUCGGCACAUGUCUCGAUUCCAAACAGCAGGAAGCCUGUUAUACUCCUCAAAACAGCUUCGACUGUCUUGUUCCACACAUAGAUGGCAAAGACAUUCAUCUCAUCCACGUUGAGUUUGGACAGGAGUCGCGAAAAAUGGACCCGUCAUUUAUCGUGUCUUGCUUAAUAUCGUUGUUGGUCGGCUCAGCCUCGCUGAGCCUGCCAACAUCCCCUGUCAAAAAGAGCAUAAUCACUACCUUUGAUGGACUUAAAUUACCCGAUUUGAAUGGACCAGCACCGGUCCGAUGUUCCUCCGAGGAUUCCAGUGUGUGUGGUGGAUCGAUUGUACACCGCCCGCAAGCCCCAGGGUCGAGUCAUAUUCCGCGGUCGAAACAUGUAAAACUAGGAAUGGAAUCCAAGAUAUCAUCUCAGCCGGCCAUAUCGCGCGGCCAAAAUUCAUCUGGUGGUUCCUGCAAGCAAAAAACAGUUGUGCUAGGCUCAGACAAAAGUCCAAAGCGAUCGAAGUUUGAACAAGAUCACAGUUCCCAGGUUUCCGUACAACCUCAAGCACAGAAGCCUCAAGAUGGAAAGCAAUUUGAGGAAGCUGGCCAAGACAUACCACAUUCCAUGAACUACCAUAGUCGGGGAAAAGAAACAAGUGAACCCACUCCGGCAUCUUUUAAUGUCUACAAUUGGGAUUUUUUGAUAGCUCGUGACCUAGAAGACAAUACAAGGAAUGAACCUCAGAAAAACAAAAUGUUGUCGCUUUUUCAGGAGUUCAAAUUCGAAGAGAGUAAUGGUUUUUAUUGGGUUAAUCCCAAACGUAAUAAUCUAUGUGCUAUCAGGAAGUACUUUAAUCAGAAUAUCCACCGACUCCGCCGAGAAAAUACAGCCUCAGGGGAUACGAAAGCUAGAUUACUUGGUUAUCUUGUCUUAAAUCUAUCAGAUGAAAAACUCGCACUGGAACGAUGUCCCAAUUUCUCUCAAAUCAUGCGUGAUUUGAACACUAGACUGCAACGAAGAAACGAAGACCUUGAAAAGACAACCAGCCUUCCCAUGAGAACCUCCAACAUACUCACAUCGAUUGAAAAAUUUGUAAACAAAGUGACCAAAAUAAGUACAUUCUUAUCAAUAAUUCAUAUCUCGCUAUUCAAACAACAUAAGUCAAGAAGUGGAGAUCAAUUAUUGCUUAGCCAAAAAACAGUCGAAGAUAUCGUGCAUUUCAUCGGAAACUUUUGGUUACAACUUGAAAUACCCAAUAGGCAGUUACUAAAUCAAAAUACAUGGGCUGCCAAGUUAUCUCAAAUGCUACGACUUGAAAUUGAUUACAAGGAUUUGUAUAGUGCGGAAGCAUGGUAUCGCAGAUCUUGGGAUAUAGUUCGAUACUGGGCAGAACAGAACAAGAAACCGGUAAUAGCGAUGAAUGGUGCAGGCACAUUUCCGAUAGAUUUAGUGAGCAGUAUGUUGGCGUAUUCAAAUCCUGCCUAUUCUUUUCUGGCCGAGUGA